AUGCCACACUUCAUCAGUCAGUUUGCUCCACCUGCUUAUCACAUGUUCAAUUUACCAGGCGGUUCUAGUACAACCCCUGCUAUUUUCGACCUCGAUCAUUUGCAGCUCUUGCAACAACAGAGGAUGCUUUAUGAUAUGCACUUACAGCACCAGGCUGCCACUACCGCUCAAAGUCUUCUUACAGCGAAUGCAGAUUCCUCAGCAUCAGCAAAACCCGUCAGUCACAAUAUAUCAAACCCAAUGGGUCAUGUUACUGCUCCAAACACAGGAAUGCGACCGGACAUGCUGACAACUGCACUUGGGCACACUCCACAGAUGAUGACACCUGGACACCCUUAUUUUCCUUAUCCCGGUUUUGUCCUCAUGAAUGGUUAUCCAAAUCCAUUUUUAAACCAACAACAACCAAAUUCAGACAAUCCCCAAGUUCAGAAUCCUGGUCAGUGUGCAUCACCAAUUACCCAGCACCAAUCCCAGCUAAACCAAGCUCAAUCUUAUAAUAAUCUCAAACAACUGGGCAAUGGAGUUGGAAACUAUGAAGAUUUGUUAGAUGUCAAGUAUGGUGACCCAUCCAAACAAGUUGGUUUCAAAACCAGCUCAAACCCACCCAACUAUAGUUCAUUUCAAUCUCAAGGAAUGUCGUUAGAUUCUGUCGGUGGAAAGUUAUCUUCUGCCUCUCAUUCCAACAACGGAUCUCUGGUUCAAAACUUUAACCAUGGAAAUAGCAAUUCUCAUGCACAGCACUUUUCACCACAAUUUUACGCAUCUGUGUCGGGUUCACCAUACAUGAACACAGUUGCUGCCGCUGUAGCUGCAGCAGCUGCUGCUAAACAUGGACCCAAUAACAGCUCUACUGUCAGUACAAAUCAAUCUAAUCCAAAUAUCGGUGUUGCUACCAACCAAGCUGGCGCUGUUACUGGGCAAAACCAAAUACAUUUACCUGGGAACCCGUCUCAAGGAAUGGUCUUGGGGGGCUGCAUAAUGGCAAAAUCUGUUUGCCUAAAAAAUCCACAUGAAUGGCAUCCUUAUGUUCAUCAAUAUGGGUAUUAUGAUCCAGUAACAGUUGGUAGUAUUGACGGUACAGAUACGACUCCACAUGAUCGAGCAAUUCAGCGCGCCUUAACGUCAUCCUAUAGGAGUAAAGACCACGUUUUUAACUGGGAUCCAAAGGCUACAAUAUUUGUAGGAAGGCUACCUUAUCAUACUUCAAAAAUUUGUUUACAAAAAGCACUGCAUGAACUGUUGAAUAAACACUUAGGAAAUGAUUUAAAUAGUAAAUCUAGAAAAUACUGCCGUAGUCGUUCCCCAUUUUCCUGCGAUGAAAUUUGGCCAAAAAUUCAUCUUGUUCACAACAUUGUUACUGGCUAUCCAUGUGGCUAUGCAUUUGCAUAUUUUUCAUCAGAAUCAGAUGCCGAACGUGUACUGCGUGCUUGGCGUAAUCAAACUACUGUUUCAACGAAAUUAUACUGUGGACUAAAAGAUGAACGACACUGUGGUUUAGAUAUACCUAAUGGUGAUAAGGUAAUUUUAGAACCGUAUUUUGGUGGUACACUGCCUGGUUGGCGACCACGUCGUCUUGGUGGUGGAUUAGGUGGUCGUAAAGAAGCUGGGCAGUUACGAUUUGGCGGAAUCGCUCGUCCUUUUAGACGUCCGUUUACUGCAAAUAAUCCAUCUUUGACAGAAAAGAAAACAAAGUUUUGCAGAGAUUAA